UGAUGACGGCCAUGGCGAUGGGAGGGAUGGGUCGGUAUCCAUUCUCGUUGACCUCACCCUUCCUUCCUUCGAUCCCUACCUCCAAUGGGGUGGGAAUAUGGGAGAGACUCGUUAUAUAUAUAUAGAUAGCCUCUUCUCUCCAAAAGGACUACCAGAUAUGAGGAGAAGGCCCACUGUCCUUUAACAAAGGAAGAAAAAGUGAGUCAUGAAGAAAGGAGAGGGAAAAGAGAUGGAGAAGAAGUGGUCGGACAUAAGGUUGGCAACUGAGGAACUCUCUUUGGUGAAUCCUGAGGAGAAGAAUAUCUCCACCUUGGCCUUCUUAGGUGUCUCCAACCUAGUACUUCAAGUCCUUGAUAAGAUUGGACCUUCAAUGCUGGUCUUGAGGCAGGACAUACAGCGGAAUAUUGAGAGAGUGGAAGAGCUAUAUUUAUCAGACCCGACACUUUAUUCAAGCUUGGUAGAUAUAUUGAAGGAGGAGGCCGAAGGGAGCAUAAGAAAGACCGAAAGCUGUACCAAAGCUGUCGUAUGGCUUACCAGACUACUUGGUGGCAUCAGGUCCAUUGAUUUUGGAGUAACUUUGUUGGGAAAAUUGGAGAAGGAUCCUAGCUCGAGUCUUGAGCAAGCGGUAGAAGAAGCAUACAAGAACACACUAAAGCCAUGGCAUGGUUGGAUAUCAUCUGCAGCUUACAAAGUAGCCUUGAAGCUCGUUCCAGAGAGAGAAAUCUUCAUCAGCUUGCUGAUGGGCGAAGGGCAAGACUAUGGUGCUCUGAAAGAAGAUAUCAUGAAAUUGGUAACAAUGCUUCAGCCUCUUCUAGAUGAAACUUAUACCCUUCUGAGGACUUAUCGGUUGGACAGGUUGAAGUCUACAUAAAAGUGUUUUCCUCAGAAAAGAAGUCUAUCAGUUGCCCAGUUGUCUUUAGACCUUCGAUGUGUAAAAUAAAUGCUUUUUAUUUUUGCUUGUAAAAUAUUCUUCAACAAGUUUUGAGAUGUUAUGUAUAUAGUGGAAGAGGCUGUAAAUCAACUAAUUGUUCAUAACAAGAUAUAACUUUGUUGCAGCUAGCAGUGCAUAUCGAUAUUAUCUGAUUCUAUUACAAAUGUAUAUGAAAU